AUGGCUCCUAUUCCCGGCGCACCUCGCGAGCUACUGUGGUAUCAUCAAAUCCAAAGAGAAAACCGCCACAUCCUCGAGCGUAUCAACAAACAGCAAGCAGACAUGGUCAAUAUCAGCAGCCAGUUGUCGAUCAAUCAAAGACAAGCAGAGCAAGCACAACAGAUCCUUUCGGAGCUCGAGGCAAAGCAAGUCACGGCCACGGAGCGUAGGAGAGAAGACUUUGAGCAGGAAAAGGACAUUCUAAAGCGAAUCAGCGAGCUCGAGGAUUCAGUCCAAGCACUUCGAAGGGCCAACGACAGUCAACCUGUCGCUACAGGCACCACGAGUCAAUGGCAGACACUCGAACAAAGACUUGACACCAUUGAAAACAACCAGACCACUGCCUCCGACCAGUACAUGCAACAACUGAAGCUGAGAAUGGAUGAGUUGGAGAGGGGUAUGACUAACACUGCCGGGCGUUCCGUCGGCUCUGUCCAACAGGGGGCUGGGGAGAGAGCUAUCGAAUCAGUACCAGAAGCCGACUUGAGCGUGCCAGGAGUGGCUGCAGGCGACCAGUCCAGAGGAGGGCAAGCAAAGGACAUAGCAACCCAAGAGUCAGAGAGUGAGUGUCAGUCGAACGAGAGACCCUCUGUUCUUGUCCAGCAGAUAAGACGUCUUGGAAGAGAAAGAAUGCCUUUUCGACCAACUCCGCCGGAUUUGGGGUGGUAA